GAGAAACUUUACAGGGCUAAGCAAAGCCAGCGGGUACACGAUUCUGUAUUUUAUCUACCCAAUACACCGCCUCCACGUGGUUCCUCAUCACCGGACAGCGACUCCCUAAUCCCUUGUAUAUAAACCCUAUCUACCUCACACCUUCGACACCAAACACAAAUCCAAAGCACGGUUACCAAAAUACCAGUAACUCUUUUGAAUUCUUAGUCUCUCCAGAUUCGAAAUCAGAGCUAAGCAAACAUGCCGAGUGAAGGAACAGCAAACUUCAUCGAUAUCCUCAUCGCCAUCCUCUUGCCUCCUCUUGGGGUCUUCCUCAAGUUUGGCUGCAAAGUGGAGUUCUGGAUCUGUGUGUUGCUGACCAUUUUCGGUUACAUCCCUGGGAUUAUCUAUGCCAUCUAUAUAAUCACCAAGUGAAGUAGCUAGUCAUGCUUCAAUUUCUGUAGUAGCGAUAAAGAUGUGAAAUGGCACAUAUGUCUUCUGGUUUCUGCGUUGAAAGCUUGUUUUCCACCAUUGGAUUGCAUAGUACUUGUUUGGUAUAGCCAAUGGACAGUUGAUAUUUGAUGUAGUGUGUCUUUUUUUUCUCUUUCUAUUUUCCCCCUCUCCUUACUCCCUUAUUGAGUUCAUUGUGUUCCCCGUGAUUUGUCUAUCUGUUGAAGAAGCUAAAAUAGUUGAAUUAUUGAGGAGUUGAUGUAUCAAUCUUAGCUCUCAAAUUUAAUAAAAGAGAACUUGUUUUUCCA